AUGCGGUCAUUUCAAUGGCUCGCGCUUGCAUCGACGUUUGUCUCUGCGGGGGCGAUCACACCGGAACAGUUGAUCACGGCUCCACGAAGGGAUCAGGCCGUGCCGAAUCCGUCGGGAGAGGUCGCUUUGUUCUCAACAUCGCAGUAUUCCUUCGACACCCAUGCUUCGUCUUCCUGGUGGAGUCUGCUGGAUUUGAAUUCGGGCAAGGUCUCUCGGCUCACUAACGACAGCAGCGUUUCUGAAGUGGUCUGGUUGGGGUCAACCGACUCCAAUGUUUUGUAUAUUAACAACACCAAUGCCCAGAUCCCUGGAGGCGUUGAGCUGUGGAUUUCCAACACUGAGGAUUUUGAUGGCUCGUAUUCGGUACAAGGCUGCAUCUCUGCCGGCUUCGUUCUCUGGUCUCAAGACAGCGGUACCAAGUCGGGUGAUAUUCACUUUGUGGUAUAUAGCCAGACCUAUGGCAAUGGGACAGCAUACAAUGAGAAACUCGCAGCCACCCCGUUGAGCUCCGCCCGGAUCUACGAUAGUAUCUAUGUCCGGCACUGGGAUACUUGGCUCACAACCACCUUCAAUGCGGUCUUUUCAGGAACUUUGAAAAAGAAGAUCACCGGACAGGGAGGGAAAUCUCGUUUUUCAUUGACUGGCCCUCUUCACAACCUCGUCGCUGGGGUCAAGAAUCUUGAAACUCCUUAUCCUCCGUUCGGAGACUCGUCUGACUACGAUCUGUCGCCUAACGGCAAGUGGGUGGCUUUCAAGAGCAAGGCACCGGAACUCCCUCAAGCCAACCACACUGCAUCGUAUAUCUACCUGGUUCCUCACGACGGCUCUGAAAAGCCCGUGGCCAUCAACGGUCCGAAAAGCCCCGGCACGCCCCAUGGGGUCCGAGGAGAUUCCAGCAGUCCUGUAUUCUCGCCGGACAGUGACCAGAUCGCGUAUCUUCAGAUGAAAGACAUUGCUUACGAGGCCGAUCGACGCACACUCUACGUAUACACUAUUGACUCGAAGAAAACAAUCUCCAGUCUGGCGAAGAAUUGGGAUCGCUCGCCGAGCGCCAUCAAAUGGACUCCCGAUGGCCAGAGCCUCAUUCUCAACACGGAAGACAAGGCCCGCCAGCGCUUGUUUUUGUUGCCGGCCGACGCAGGUGAUGACUUCAAGCCCCACAAUUUCACUGAUGGCGGUGUCGUGAGCGCAUACUAUACCCUGAAAAACGGCGAUGUUUUGGUCACUGGCUCUGCGAUUUGGACGAGCUGGACGGUCUACACGGCGAAUCUGAAGAAGGGUGUCACGAAGACCCUCUUCUCUGCUAACAAAGUCGAUUCAUCCCUCAAGGGGCUUAGCUCCUCGGAUGUGGAUGAGUUUCAUUUCAAAGGAAACUGGACUGAUAUCCAUUCCUGGAUUGUCUAUCCCCCAAAUUUCGACAAGGCUCAGAAAUACCCACUGCUGUUUUACAUUCACGGCGGGCCCCAAGGCUCCUGGGCUGAUUCCUGGAGCUCUCGAUGGAACUACAAGGUGUUUGCGGACCAAGGAUACGUGGUGGUUGCGCCGAACCCGACGGGUAGCACUGGCUUUGGGGACAAGCUGACAGAUGCGAUCCAGAAUAAUUGGGGCAGCUAUCCCUACGACGACCUGGUUAAGUGCUGGGAACAUGUCCGCGACAACUUUGAUUACAUUGACACCGAUCACGGUGUAGCAGCAGGGGCAAGCUACGGAGGUUUUAUGAUCAACUGGAUCCAAGGCAAUCCCCUUGGGCGCAAAUUCAAGGCGCUGGUCAGCCAUGACGGAACAUUCGUGGCCGAUGCUAAGGUGUCGACUGAGGAGCUGUGGUUCAUCGAGCACGAUUUCAACGGCACCUUCUGGGCCAACCGAGACAACUACCGUCGCUGGGAUCCAUCGGCUCCGGAGCAUAUCCGACAGUUUAGCACACCGCAGCUCAUUAUCCACAGCUCCAAGGACUAUCGUUUACCCAUUUCAGAAGGUCUGAGUCUUUUCAAUGUUUUGCAGGAACGGGGAGUGCCGAGCCGGUUGUUGAAUUUCCCUGAUGAGAACCAUUGGGUCCUCAAUCCAGAAAACAGCCUGGUUUGGCACCAGCAGGUGCUUGGGUGGCUGAAUCGGUAUUCGGGUGUCGAGAAGCAUAACCCUAAGGCUGUCACGCUGGAUGAUACCAAGGUACCGGUGGUGGAUUACAAUCCUUGA